CACAAGGAUAUUCGCAGCGCUUGCCAGGAUUCGCUGGCUGAGUACCACAAACCAAAACAAAUCGCUUUGGCGCGAAACGAAAGCCGGAAAUAAAUUAAAUUAAAUCAAGUCGUAACGAAAUUGAACGGAAACAGUGAUUUAAAUAGCCAAACUGGCCAUGUCCCGACGCAAACAGGCCAAACCGCGCGCCUGUCUCAAACUUGGCGAGAAGGAGGAUGAGGAGAACAACACUGGGCUGCUGGAGCCCAAGGAGGAGCUGCUCAGCGGCGACGAGGACAACGAGGAUAAUGAGGAUGAGGACGAGGAGUUGGCCGAUGAGGAGGCGCCCGAGGGAGGAGAGCUUCAGCCCCAGAUCGAGCCCAAUGAAUCACAGCAACAAAGCUGGCCCACAGCUGAUGAGCCAGCGACCCCAGCUGCAGUGCCAAAAGAAGAAGCAGCAGAAGGAGCAGAAGAACUACAACACCCACGGGAUGAGGUAGUUGCAUCUGAUGCUACUGCUGCUGCCAAUGCCAACGGACACUGCAAGUCCUCUGGCCACCAAUAUGCCGAGAAUGCGGAGGAGGAACCGGAGGAGCCGGAGGACUUGGAACUGGACGAGGAGCUACUCAGUCUCAGCGGGGACGAGGACUACGACGAUGAGGAGCUGCAGAGCCUGGACAGCUUCUACUCAGAUAUGUACAGUACCCACACAUCGUCCAGUUAUUCGCCUAGUAUUUCUGACGGCACCAUGACUCCUAAUUCACAUCAUUUGCCUGGAGCUCUAACAACCGCUGGUCAGGAGGAUCAUCCCAUUGAGGGCAAGAUGAAUGGUGGAUCUGAAGGCGGGGAGUUGCCCAAGCCCAAACGAUUGCCCCAUUUCCAUCACCAUCAUCACUACCAUCAUCAACAGGCACUGAAGAUAGCCAACAAGCUGCGGAAAAUCAAUAAGGAAGCCAAAAUGGGAGCCAACGGCAGUGCAGGAUCCACUGGAGCAGUCUCCAAGUUUGAUAAGUUGACAGGAGAGGGGAUUAAAAGUCGCGGCGACGGCUCCUAUCAGUGCCAGUUCUGCGAAAAGACAUUUCCGCGGCUCGGCUACUUAAAGCAUCACGUACAGAGCCACGCUGAACACCUGCCUUUCAAAUGCGAAUACUGCGCCAAGCUGUUCAAGCACAAGCGAUCCCGAGAUCGUCAUAAGAAAUUGCAUACCAACGAGCGGAACUACAAGUGUCCGCAUUGCGAGGCAGCCUUUUCUAGGAGCGACCACUUGAAGAUCCACAUGAAGACGCAUGACAUCCAGAAACCCUUCCAGUGCAGCAUGUGCAACCGGGGCUACAAUACAGCCGCUGCUUUGACCUCUCACAUGCAGAAGCACAAGAAGAAUGCCGCCAUCCUGGCAGCUGGUGGUAACCCGAAUGCCCUGAAUUACAGUCCACGAUCCACGGGAUCUGCCUCGGCCUCGGUUUCGAGUAAUGGUAGUCUUCAGAAGAGACGUUAUGCCCUAGCUUUGGCCUCUGAUAGUAGUCCCAGUCGAUUGGAUUUCCCCAAGAGGUCGAGAAGUAGCCAUGUGGGUGGAGCAAACACAAAUACCACCGCAGCUACACCCACUCCUUUGUUAAGAUGCAGCUACUGUCCCAAGGUCGCGGAGUUCAGUAGCCUGGAGCAACUGAAUGCCCAUCUCCAGAGUGUCCACGAGCAGACGGUGAAGACCCCGGAUUCCGAGGGCUUCCAGCUGAGCUGCGAGUACUGCACCAUGAAGUUUGGCAACAUCGCCGGUCUCUUCCAGCACAUGCGAGCCACCCACAUGGAUCGAUUGAGCAGCCCGAACUCCUAUUACGAGCACUUCAAUCGCCUGGCCACCGCGGGCACUUUUAGUCCACGAUUGGCCAUGGAUAUGCCCAAGAUUAAACCGGAUUUGGGCAGUCCGGAGAGGGAUUCACGACCCGCGGAGGAGGAUCUGCCCACGGAUUUGAGCAGCAACAAGCGGCGACCAGUGACACCUAAUCCUCAGACUCAGAAUCAAUUACCACCUCCUUCGGCUCCACCGGGGGUCUUCUUCUGCAAUCAGUGCAACGCGGGAUUACCCGACUUUGAGAGCUUCAGGAAUCACCUGAAGAGUCACAUUGCCGAGGGCAUGCAACUGAUUUGUCCGCAUUGCGGUUUAAGUUUACCAGAGCAAUCGGAGUUCGAGCGACAUGUGGUGGGUCACUUCCUGAUCACCGGCUCCGAGUUCAACUGCAGUUCGUCGUGCGGCAAGAGCUUUGCCAAGUCGGAGGAUCUGCAGCAACAUUUGCUGGCGGAGCACGUGCUCACCCUGCUCAAGUGCUCCUUGUGCUCGGAGGUUUGUGAGAGUCGCAUGGCCAUGCAGUUGCAUUUGGCUUGUUCUCAUAGUCAGGAGACGAAGCUCCUCCGCUGCAGCGCCUGUUUGGAGCUCUUUCGAUCCGAUGCCGAGUUCCAUGUGCAUGUCAAGACACGUCACCAGUUAAGCGGACACCCCACGUUGGGCGCCAAUUCUAAUGCGCCCGCUAACCCUUUGCAGUGCAUGUUCUGUCGCGCCGUCUGCUCUUCGGAGCUGGAGAUGCACUUCCAUUUGGCCGCCCAUGCUCGCCAGUUUAGAUGUCCCUCCUGCCCGGAGACCUUCCAUGUGGAGUUCCUCCUCGAUCGUCACAUGCAGAGUCAGCAUGGUGGGGUCAAGGACAAGGAGGCCAGCUCACCCAACAUGGGCAGUCUCUAUGUGAAUGCUUUGCUGCCUCCUUUGGCGGCAGCGGCGGCGGCAGCAGCGGCCACGAAUAACAACAGCAGCAUCAUCGACUACAAUGUGGCAUUCAAGGGUUUGUUUGGGGGAGGAGGAGCAGGCUCAGGAGGAGGAGGAUCAGGACCAGCACCUCCACCUUCGAGCAACAAAUUCUACAGUCCCCUUCAGGUAGACACAAAUGCCCUAAAAACCCAAACCUCCCCACAUCCGGCUUUAAUGUACGGCCUGAGUCAGCGAUAUCUGAUGGAGAUGUAUGCCGCCAAGUCCACUUCACCAGCGGGCGAUGUAACUAGUAACCCCCAGUCAACUCAGGCUUCCCAGGCAUCCGCAGCAGCACCACCACCCCCGCCACAAAAUCCUCCGACUGCCACCUUCAGUUGCGGAAUGUGCGAGCGACAGGAUUUGCGUAGCGAGGCGGAACUUCACUCGCAUCGCAAAUUGGCCCAUAACCUGAAGACAGGAGUGAGUCUGCGAUGUGCCUACUGCGCUGGGAACUUUAAAUCCCGCGCCGAACUUGAGCAACACAUGAAGAGCUGUCACAAUUCGACAGGCAAGCACAAGUGCUUAAUAUGCGAUGAGGUAUUCCCCUCGCCAGCCAUCCUAGCGGAGCACAAACUGCAGCACUCGAAGGUGGGGCAGUCGGGCAAGUGCUCCCAUUGCGGACAGCCGCUCGAGGAUGUGGCCGCCUUCAGGGCUCAUCUAUCGGAACAUGGCAGUGAUGGUGGUUCCCUGCCACUGGCUUGCAUUUGCUGUCGCCAGACGUUGCAUUCGGAAUUUGAGCUGAGUUUGCAUGCCAAAUUCCACACCAAAUCCUCGUCGAGCGGGGGAAGUUUGCAGGAACCUGUCUGUGCUUUGUGCCUGGAACCUCUACCCGAUGCCACCGAAGGUCCAGCCAAACUAUGCGACAAAUGCUGUCGCAAACACAAUUUGAAUGGCAAGAGGGGAAAGCAUACAGAACCUCCAGCAGUUCUACCACCCCAAAGUUCAUCCUUUGUGGAAAACCGCUGUAACCUUUGCAAGAUGAUCCUGCCACAUGCCCAGAAACUUCAAGAACAUCUCGUAGAACACACCUUUGCGGGCACCGAACAGCGUGGCUUCAAUUGCUACAUUUGCUCAGCGGUUUUCACUGCACCUGGAGGAUUACUCAAUCAUAUGAGUGAACAUGGAGCUCAUUCGAGACCCUACGAUUGCAGUCUUUGCCCCGAGAAGUUCUACUUCCGUGCCGAAUUGGAACAUCACCAGAGGGGUCACGAACUCAGGCCACGUCCUUCGCAACCCAAAGUGGAGGUAGCCUCCAACCAGAGGAACAGUUCACCCAGCCAGAGUCCCACGGUGCGGAGUCCCACGAUUGUCAAGCAGGAACUCUAUGAAACGGAUACUGUGGAGUCCAAUGGAGCCGAAGAUGAGCCGGAGAAUCCUCCUGAUGAAGAGGAGUACAUCGAAGUGGAACAAAUGCCGCAUGAGACACGUCCAAGUGAGAUGGGGUCGCAAUUGGAAAGGUCCACCAGUAGCGCCUAAAAAGAAAUAUUAGAAAAAUGAUAAAAACCAGUAGUUCAGAAUAAGAUUACUUAGAGGGCUGCCUAGUAUUUAAAAAGACUGUUUCCAAACUUGCUGUUUUCUGAUAUUUAUUUUUAUAACAAUUUUGGGACGCUCUCCAAAAAUUACUACAUCUUGCCAAUAAAAAACUUGAAGCAAAUGGAACAGUUUAGUAUUAACCGUAUACGUAUAAUUAAAUAACUUUUCGAAAAUCCAUAAAUUAAGUAAAUGUCAAAACAUAAUCAAUAUUACACAUACGCCUAGUGUACUCGUAGAAAGUCUUUACAAAAAAAAAAGAAAGAAAGCAUUUGUGUGUGAUAGUUUUUCAAAGAUUCAACUACCACUAUAUUAUGAUUUAUCUAUCAUAGAUUCGUAUGUUAUUGGGCCUUGCCUUCGAUUCAGUAUUUAUAUUGUAUUACACGAUCCAACAAUAACUAACCAUGUAACUAUAAACGAUUAUACAAUUAACUAUAUAUGAAUGUAUGUCUUAUAUAAGCACCAAAACAUUUUUAAUGUGUAGCAUAUAAAAAGCGAGAAAAAAGAAA